AUGCGGACGAGGACACGGACAGGAUGCUGGACUUGUCGCGAGGCUGGCUACAAGUGCGAUGAACAAAAACCCUUCUGUGGCCGCUGCAUGCGACUCAAGAUUCGAUGCCAGGGCUACGGUAUUCGCUGUCGAUGGCGAUCGGUGCGUCCACAAGGAUCAACUUCCCAGCACCGGCCGGUCGCAGUAGAUUACUCGAGAUCUCCGUCGCUGGGCUCUCGAUCAGCCUGCCUACCCAUAAAUCCUCUGUCGAGCCGAGACAGUCGGCUUCUGCAUUAUUGGACGGCCAAUCUAUCGGGUCUUUUGUCCGCAUCGGGCGCGCCGAGCGAGAACAAUCCGUUCGUCGUUCACCUGGGCGCCAUGCUGCUCGAGCCCGGCUCGUUGCAGUCGGUUGUUCUGUCCAUGUCAGCGAGCCAUCUGGCGUGUCUAACCAACGACUCCUCGCUGCAAGUAGUGGCUAACCGGCACCAGCAGACGGCCUUGAACCGCCUGCGAACUCUAGUCGGCGACCCCAUUCAGAGUCGGUCGCAGGCGACCUUGGCGGCCGUGCUGAUGAUGCUGGUUUCUACGCGACUGUUUGCCGACGAGGAAGAUACAACCCACUGCGUUGCAAACCAUCUGCAAGGGGCGAGUGCCAUGAUCACCCAGUGUUUCAACGGCCACGCACGGGCUCCGUUGACAUCCACGGAACGAUUUCUACUCAGCGUGUUUUGCUAUCAUGACAUCCUUUCGUCCGUCUCCCGUGGCGCGUCGCCCCUGUGGGAGUCCACUUCCGAGUUCUCUGCCGUAGAAGAUAUCGCUCAUACGCGACGCAUCACCGCGGUCCUUCACCUCGUUGCUCGCAUCAGCCAGCUUCAGCAGCUCAAGAUAGCGGAUGCGAAUCUGCCUGGUUGUUCUUUUCACGUUACGGCUGCAGCCAUUGAGAUUUCUCUGCAAGGACUAGGCCCCUUGUCAUCCGGGGAUUCCCGCGACAGCAGCUGGGAGAGAGAGAUUGAGUCUACGGUGCAAGCGUAUCGACACGCCGCCUUUAUCUAUCUGUAUCGCGUGUGGUUCGAUGUUGGAGCCCCGAGUCCCACUACUUUGGAGCAUGUGGAGCAAUGCUUGUCCGCCCUGGAGGAAGUGCCUGACACGUCGCCCCUGGCGUCGGCGCACGGGUGGCCGCUUUUUACUGCGGGCUGCGAGUCAAUUCUACCGUCUCAGAGAGACUUGGUUCGAGCCCGUUUCGACCAGAUGUAUGCCACGCGCCGCUUUCCUUCGCUCCGGCGCAUCAAGGGGGACAUGGAGGAGGUUUGGACCCGCAAGGACGCCGAACAACGCGUCGCAGGACUGGACGGCAUGUCGAAGGUGGACUGCAUUCAGGUGAUUCUACAUCGGCGGGGAAGGGAGGUCAACUUUACAUGA